AGAGGGAGGCAGAGAUGCAGGCGUCUAUACCACAAAACAGCGGCCAAUCUAUCGAGCUGGAGGUGAUCUGAGGUCCUCUGCCGCUCUCUAUCCCCCCCCCCUUCACUAUUUACUUGAGCAGCUGUUGGUGUGAUCAUGAAUGCCGACAGUGAGGUGGUGCGUGUGUCCCUGGAGCAGCUUCUUCACCACCACGCUCCUGCAGCAGACCUCAGCAGCAUAGAUGAGAUAGUGGUAAGCUACGUGAGUGGUGUGCUGGAGGAAGUUGCCCAGGACCAGGAGGAGGUGGACGCACCAGGCAUGAAGGAUGUGAUGGCAGCUUAUGUACCUGAGUUUGAGACGCUCUCUGAGGAAGCAGUCACAGCCUGGGUGGUGGGGAUGGUCCACUCUAUCAACCAGCAGAAGGACAAAGCCAAAGCAGUGAAUGAUCUGACCCUGGACAACUUGAUAUCAACAUUCCCAGUGCAGACUCGCAAACACCAGAACUCUCAGUCCCUCAGUGAGACAAGUGAAAGAACACAAAAGCUCUCAGAGACCUCCAGCGGCUCAGAGGAACACAACAGCACCAGUGGAGAGGAACAAGAUGAAUAUUCAGAGGGCCUUGCAACCUUACUGGAGAUGUUUCCUGGAACGUGCAAUCUUGAGGUGCAGCACUGCCUGGCUAGCUGUGGGGGCAACCUGGAGCAUGCCACCAGCCUCAUCCUUCAGCGACAGGAGCAGGGUUUGGCCAUUAAAGCCUCACAUGCAGCAAAGUUGGUGCCUGGAGCAAAAGGAAACAAGAACCAGAUAGAUGAUAAAGAAGUGAGAUCAUCAAUCCUGAAUCGCUACGGCUUUGUAGAUCAUGAUGAAGAUGUCAGGGAGCACAGGCCUGUUGCUCCCAAAUGGGAGGGCAAGAAGAUGGUGCGUUACCGAGACAACAAAGUGGUGAGCAUCAAGGGUGAGCGCUACACUGAGAUCAAGAAGGAGGAGGCCACAGAGAUGAAGAAGACCCAUGUGCACCUCAAACCAGGCAAGCAGUACCGGUUCCACUGAUCCACAAGGAACAAACCUUACUUGGUCACCGCUGCCCCGCUCCACAGUGUGGGAGGCGUGGCAUGCUGCCCGGGCCGGGGCGGUAAGGUUUGUCUCUGUCAAGGCUGUUGGAGUUGUUCUUGUCACAAAUGUGGGAUGCAAGAGAUGAGGGGGCACCACCUGCAAGGUCCAGGCAGAUCCAUGGCAGCCUGGCCCCAUGCUGUGUGUUUUGCGAUGAGGAUUCUCAUCACUUUUCAGUGUUGUUUGUUAGUGUCAGCUAGUGACUGUAUUGAUGUCUGUAACUUUCUUGUUUUGUUAAUGCUUACUAGAUACCAAAGAAUUAGGAGACCAUUUAUUAUAACAUUAUAUUAUAAGAACAACAGAGUGAGAAAGAAAAUAGAUCUCAAAUUACCAACACUAAUAUUAAGUUCAUUGGUAGGAUCACAACCAUUGGAUUUAGGAAAUUUUUAUACUGCUGUGGCAAAAACCUUAAACGAUUAUGCUCGCAUUAGGCUUGAAUCUUUGUGGCGUGCCAUUGUGACGUACAGAAGGUUAGUGCGCAAGGGCCGUUCGAGUUUUGAAAUGUUCGUUAUGAAGCAUUUACGUCAAUGCUAUUUACUUUGUAAAGGUUUUGUAUUGUAAUAAUGCAUAAACACCUGAACUGUGCUAGGAUUGGUUAGGUGGCUGGGAGAUCCGAGGGAUUGUUAUAACCGACACUUCAGGGGACGUCAAAUUUGUAAUGGUCAGAUGUGUAUGAUAUAUGCAAUAUCAGCAUGUUUUAGGAAAUUGCAAUAAACAUUUCCUGCUAACUUUUUUUUUUUUUUCAGGAAUAACUUUCAUAAUUUCCCCAUGUCAUCCACAGCAUAGGUAAUAGACAUCAUUGUGGGGAAUCCUUAUGCACCUGUAUGGAAUUUCUUUGUGUACCUAUUCAAUUGAAUCUCAUAAAUUAAUUUUAUAGUGUUAUGAUUUAGUUUGCAUUCGUUUCUUGUGAACUACAGCUCGCAGCUAAUAUUUUGUUAUAGUUUUAUUUUAUAUAUCUAUUUAUUUCUGUAAGUUAUUUUCCAUUUUUGCAUUACUGUAAUUUGAAUCAGUGGUGGAUAAUUUAGGUUGCAUUGCACUUCAUUUCUGGUUCUAGAAUUAAGCAGCAUUUUACGUCUCUAAUACCAAAUAAUUACAUGACAUGUUGCAAUAUAUGUAUAGUAUACUCUAAUGUUUUAUAACAUUUUAUUGACUCAGGCUUGACUAAGUUAGAGUUACAUUGAGAUGGUUGUGUUCUAAUACUCCUAUUAAAGUGAGGCAGUUCAUGUUUUGCAGCUGACUUCACAGUCCUGUUACCAUAAGGAUGUUAAUGUUGGUGAACUCAUGCACAAACGUUUUAGAUGCAUUAUCUUUAUCAAAAAGAAACAUGAUCAUAUAUAUAUAUAUAUAUAUAUAUAUAUAUAUAUAUAUAUAUAUAUAUAUAUAUAUAUAUAUAUAUAUAUAUAUAUAUAUAUGUAUGUAUGUAUGCAUAAAUGUGUUUAUUAAUUGUUUUCAAGAUGCAGCUGCUGACCAAGAACAAAAUUUUCUUAACAUUCCACUGGCUGUUGAACAAGAGUAUUAGUGUGAAGUUUGGCUUCAUGUUAGUUAGUCUAGAAUUACUCAGUAUUAAAAGAAAAAAUAAUGGAUCUGUGUAAUUGUGGCUGGCAGUGACUUUUCUCUGCCAUUGCUGCGGCCACCACUAUCACUCUGGAUGUUGUAAUUACAGGUUUUGUUGUCUUAGCACUUGAUGGAACAAGGAAAAUGUUUUAGGCAUAAUUUUAUCAGCUAUUUCUUUACAUAGCAUAAGGCUAAAGUAAUUUUUAGCCAUGGAAGCAAAUAGUUUAGAUGUUCAGCUGUGUGAUCUUAUUAGAUAGUCAUUUUAUUACUUAAAUACUUUCUCUAUUUUCUCCAGCUAACCAUUUUCUAUCUCAUAUGCUUUCUUUUAUGUAUGUAGUUUAUAAUUUUGUGUAAAGCUUGUUGGAUGCUUUAAGAUCGUAGAUGAGUUACACUUUUUCAGUGAAGUGCAGCUUCUGCUUACCAUUGAUGAAUUAUGCCUGUGGCAUAAUCUUCAUGUUGAGUGGAUAGAAGUAAGUAAAAUAUGCUAAGUAAAUGCUAAGCAGCAAAAUGUAUAAUUGUUCCCUCUCAUUGUUGUUAGAUGUGAAGAAGGGACUUGCUUUUACACGCUGUGAAGGCCCCUGUGGACUGCCCAGGGGCUGUUGGUAUUUGAUAAGUUAACCAGAAAGACCAGAGACAAAUUGUUGAGCAUUCAUGUUUUGCCUGAAAAAGGUAAUGUUUUAUGUAUUAGGUGUAUCUAGUCCACUGCAAAUAGAGGAAUGGAAUAUGCAGAUCAUCCUGCUAUAGUGAAACGGUACAGUGUGAAUUCUGCAGCAAAUGUUCAUAGAACUUUGGUAUAACCAGUUAAGACUACAGGCUUGCAAUUGUUUUGUAAUUUUUUGAAGUAAAAUUUAGCUUUAGCAUAUAUGCAAGCAGAAAAUUGCUUUGAUCUAUUUUGUUGUAUUUUAUAACUCAAAAUCACAGCUAGAGUAAUAGUGGUUGGAUCUUGAGCCACAACAUGUGCCAUAGGUUGCCAAAUUUUCACCAUUUGCCAAAAAAAAUGUAAAUGUUGAAGAACAUUGUUUACACUUUCAACCUACUUAAACUUUAUAAGGAUUAAGUUCUUCAAAAAGCAUGAAAUUUAGUUGUGAGGCAUACAGAUAUUAAAAAUAGCAAUUUCU